CCUUCCUUCCUCAUUUCCUCCCCACAGCUGGCUCUCUCCUCUCGGAUGCUGGCUCUGCCUUCUCCUCUCACACGCCGCGCUGCUGGACCAAAUGCUCCGGACGGUGGAAUGACUGACUACCUGUUUUGCAUGGUCUGAAUUUCGGGGAAAUCGCACGUCGGAAAGGAGGGGAGUCAAGAGGGAAAAGGGAGGCUCUCCAUCCCCCGAGGGAAUUUAUUUUACAGAGGUAUGCCAGUGCCUGAGGUGGCGUCUGACACUGCCAGUGCUGCCACCAUGUUGAGCCCCGUCCUCAACGCCUCCAACGGAGAUGGAUCCGAGUCUGAAACCACCUCCGCCAUCCUGGCCUCCGUCAAGGAACAGGAGUUGCAGUUUGAACGUCUGACCAGGGAGCUGGAAGCCGAACGACAGAUUGUUGCCAGUCAGCUGGAGAGAUGCAAGCUUGGCUCUGAGACCGGAAGCAUGACGAGCAUCAGCUCAGCAGACGAGAAAUUUCGCUGGAACCACCAAGAUGGACACAAGGAUAUAGAGGAGGAGCUGACGACAGGCUUGGAGCUUGUGGACUCCUGUAUCCGAUCGCUCCAGGAAUCCGGCAUCCUGGACUCGCAGGACCCUUCUGCCGGAGACAGGCAAGGACUUCUGUCCCAAAGCGCUUUGCAGCUUAACCACCAGGAUGCCUAUGCAGCAGCUGGUUACCAUAGUAACCAUGGGCUGGCACUUGGUGAAUCGAUCAUGGGCCGCGGCGGGCAGAUUGGAGGGGCUGUUCACAGCUACAACCAGGUGACAUCCAGCCGUGCAGCUGCCCACUUAGCGGGAAUUGACUCUCCCUCCCAGUCCCAGAGAGACUCCUUUGCCCAUGGCAGUGCCUUCCACAUGCCCACUGAGGCCGGAUCUGCACCUGUUGGACCACCCAUGUAUUACUCCUGUGCCACUUUGCCUGCACAGCGUGUGAGCUCCCCUCUGCAGGCGGUGGGAUCCCCUACCAAGCUGCAGCGCCUGGGAUCAGUCUCCUCUGACAUGCCCAGCUACGCCACGCUACAGAGGGUGUCCUCGCCCAAACAGUCACCCAGCCGACUCGCAAAGUCCUACAGCACCUCAUCGCCCAUCAACAUGGUAGCAUCGGGUGCCGCUGGCUCCACCUCCCCCCUCCCCAUGACAGCCUCCCCAGGGGGAAUCCACAACUCAUCGCCCAUCCACCAGCUCAGCUCAGUGGUGGGCAGCUACGCCACGCUGUCACCCACCAAGCGCAUGCUGCAUCACAUCGGACCAGACGGCUACAAGAUUUCCCACGAGCUGUAUGCCAACGCAACCCUGCAAAGGCCUGGUAGCCUUGCAGGUAGAGGCUCCAGAGGCUCCUACAGCAGCCAGCACAGUCACCUGGGCGCUGAGCUCCGACCUCUGCAGUCUCCUGAACACCACAUCGACCCCAUCUACGAAGACAGAGUCUACACCAAACCCAACCUUAGAGGACAAGCCCCGCCUUCCCCCGGUGUUGACCCAAUCCCCUUGCAGCGAACAGGAAGCCAGAGCGCCGUGGGCACCUUUCAGAGAGGCAGCUUUGCCGCAGGAGGCGGGGUAGCUGACUACGCCAACCCAUACCGCACUCUUCAGUUCUGCCCAUCAACCGAGUCGCCUUACAGCAAGUCAGGCCCCGCCCUCCCCCCUGAGGCUUCCCUGGGCCGGUCUCCAUCAGUGGACAGUAUCCAGAAGGACCCAAGGGAGUUUGGCUGGAGGGAUCCAGAGCUUCCGGAGGUGAUCCAGAUGUUGCAGCAUCAGUUCCCAUCAGUCCAGUCCAACGCUGCUGCCUACCUCCAGCACCUCUGCUUCGGAGACAACAAGAUCAAAUCUGAGAUCCGGCGGCAGGGUGGCAUCCAGCUGCUGGUGGACUUGUUGGACCACCGGAUGACCGACGUGCACCGCAGCGCCUGCGGAGCCCUGAGGAACCUGGUGUACGGCAAAGCCAACGACGACAACAAGAUCGCCCUGAAGAAUUGCGGAGGCAUACCAGCUCUGGUCCGACUGCUCCGGAAGACCACAGAUGUGGAGAUCCGAGAGCUGCUCACAGGUGUUUUGUGGAACCUGUCGUCGUGUGACGCCCUGAAGAUGCCCAUCAUCCAGGACGCCUUAGCCGUGCUGACCAACGCUGUGAUCAUCCCCCACUCGGGCUGGGACACCUCCCCGCAUACACAGGAGGACCGCAAGCUGCACCUACACUCCUCCCAGGUCCUCCGCAACGCCACAGGCUGCCUCCGGAAUGUGAGUUCUGCAGGCGAGGAAGCCCGGAGGAGGAUGAGGGAGUGUGAGGGCCUGACAGACGCUCUGCUCUAUGUCAUCCAGACUGCUCUGGGGAGCAGUGAGAUUGACAGCAAGACCGUAGAGAACUGCGUGUGCAUCCUGAGGAACUUGUCGUACCGUCUGGCUGCAGAGACGUCUCAUAGCCAGCAGGGGGGGUCGGAGGAGCUGGACGGUCUGUUAUGUGACACCGGCGGGAAGGACGCAGAGAGUUCCGGAUGCUGGGGCAAGAAGAAGAAGAAAAAGAAGGGGCAUGACCAGUGGGAUGGCGUCGGCCCAUUUCCAGACUUGGCGGAGCCCCCGAAAGGCAUCCAGAUGUUAUGGCACCCCACCAUCGUCAAGCCCUACCUUACACUGCUGUCUGAGUGCUCCAACCCAGACACCCUGGAGGGGGCAGCUGGGGCUCUGCAGAACCUAGCUGCUGGCAGCUGGAAGUGGUCGGUGUAUAUCCGGGCUGCGGUGCGUAAGGAGAAAGGCCUCCCCAUCCUGGUGGAGUUACUGAGGAUAGACAACGACCGGGUGGUUUGUGCCGUGGCCACCGCGCUCAGGAACAUGGCUCUGGACGUCAGGAACAAGGAGCUCAUUGGUAAAUACGCCAUGAGGGACCUGGUGCACCGUUUGCCCGGAGGCAGCAACAACAACAACAGUAGCGGCGGGGGAGGAGGAGGAGGAAGCACCAACAGCAGCAUCCUGGUGGGAAAGACCAUGUCAGACGAUACCAUCACGGCUAUCUGCUGUGCACUGCACGAGGUCAUCACCAAGAACAUGGAGAACACCAAGGCCCUGAGGGACGCCGGCGGCAUUGAGAAGCUCAUCGGCGUCGCCCGCAGCAAAGGAGACAAAAUUCCCAGACAUAGUCCUAAAGUGGUAAAAGCAGCAUCCCAAGUCCUGAACAGCAUGUGGCAAUACAGAGACCUCCGCAGCCUCUACAAAAAGGAUGGCUACGCCCAGUACCAUUUUGUCGGCUCUUCCUCCACGAUAGAGAGAGACAGACAGCGACCUUAUUCUUCCUCUCGCACUCCGUCCAUCUCUCCCGUACGGACUUCACCAAACAAUCGAUCAGCGAGCGCCCCUGCUUCCCCCAGGGAGAUGAUGGCGUUGAAGGAGAGGAAGCCAGACUACGAGUCGACUGCCAAUGCCAGUUACCUUGGCAACAAGGGCGAACACACAUCCCGGAAGGACGCCAUGAUGGGUCAAAUCUCCAGUGGGUCGUCCACGCUGCACAGAGGAGCAUACGUGUCGCCCACUGAGGACCUGAAGUAUAAUCAGAUCUCUUCUCAAGGCCUGCCUUCAGAGCCAUACCCUCCUUUCCAAAACCCUCCCCCGCCCGAAAGCGUCAACUACGAGGACCAGGCCUUCUACGAGAACCAGGUUCACGCGGGAGGGCGCCCCCCGCAGGGUGACCUCAACAUGCACCUGCAGGGCCUCAAGUCCACCGGCAACUAUGUAGACUUCUACUCAGCCUCGCGGCCCUACAGCGAGCUCAACUAUGAGACCAGCCACUAUCCAGCCUCACCAGACUCCUGGGUCUAAGGGGAGACAAGGGCGGAGGAUUAGGAGGAGGUGAGGGUGGAUGGGGGAAGGGGGUAGUUUAAAUAGAGGAGGACACGAGAGGACAAUUUCCCUCCAUCACCAUCCUCCCCUGUAGUUCCUGAGUAGCAUCAUAGAUAGCAGGACGACAGAGGGAGACAGAGAUGGAGUGCAGGAAAAGAGACAUGAGAAGAAAAUCUGAGACAUUAAACUCCUUUCAGAGACAUCUGAGGGAGGACGGAAAGGGGACAAAGGAACAGAAGCGAAACGGAGGAGCGGCCAUGCAUGUGCAUGCACACCACCAACAAAACUGACGGACACAUUUUCUUUCCGUGUUUAGUUUGUGAACAACUACUGCGAAAAAAGGUUGAGCAGACAGAAAGAUCUCCUGCACCUGAAGGCCUCUGGAUACAGAAUGUAAGAGGGACGGACAUGACGAAAGAGAAGGGGAAGGAAAGGUGGAAAAAGAGUGAAAUAUGUGGAGAUGAGGAUGGACAAUGAAAGAAAAAAAUGAAUCAGUGGACUCAAGAAUGGAAGGUUUUGGAUUGUGAAUGGAACGUGUGAGAGAUAUCCAGGAGACACCUGUAAAUAUGUGGUAUAGCAUCAUGGCUUUUAGUAAUGUGAAGCACAAGAAGCAGAGCUGUAGGACAUGUAGACGUCUGUCACACAAACCUUUGUUUCUCUCUAUGGCUUCAGCGUGAUGUAUCCUCCUCUGGGCAAAGAACGCUUCUGGACUUUGUCAUUUGUAACAGGUUUUUUUUCUUCUUUUUUCUUUUGUUGUGUUUCUACUUUUUUAAUUCUCGAUUCUGGUUGUAUAGUAUUUGACGUACACUGUACAUUUACGGAGAUGCAUUGUGUACUGUACAUUGCACUAUUUUCUGUGUCAUGUCAGGCCUUUUCGCCAUUGGGUCAACCUCACUUUCUCACUAACUGCCCCCCCCUUAAGAACACACACAAAUACACACACACACAAUAUCUGCACCCAGACUUUCUAAAUUCAUAUCACAGUUACAGACGGAUGUCAACGUGUUGCUAUUGUGAAAUAUUGGGUAUUGAGGCAUCAAUUCUGGUAUGUCACGGUGCUCCUUUAACUGUCCUACAGAUGGUUUUCACUUAAUGGCUGACUCAAAAAGUUGAGCAGCCUUUUCCGUGACAAAACUCGAAUUUUCUUAAGGUUAGCUUUUGGUUUUUUGUCGGCUAUCUUUCCACAUCAACACCUCAAAUCCACUUUUUGUUCUCAUGAGCCCCUCCUUUGAGUGAACUGUGCUCAUUGUGUAUAUAACCGUGCCAAACAAGGGUUACUUCCCCUCAGCUGUAGAAGGCAGGGGGGGGAAGGUUAGGGGCGUGUUAAAGGGUCCAAGUUCAGCUGAAGCUCUCAGCCGAACAUCCUUGCUGUUCUAACGAUGCCAGUUUGUAAAUGCUUCGGUUUUUCUAAACUGUUUUACUGGGAUGAAACCUGCCUAACUGCACCAGGAUUGGAGAGAAAACAUAAAAAGAAAACAAAGAAAACAAAAAAAGAAAACCACGGAGGGACUGUGACCGGGCGGAGCAACGCUUCCUCCAAAGUUGUACAAAAUUAGUUGAUUUCUGUGUUGUAAAAUAAUCAAUGUUUGAAGUACAAAAAAUAACUUUUUUCUCAGAGAUGGGUGGCAAUUCUAACUUCAUGGUAGACAAAACUGUUAAUAGAGUACGGAUAUAUAUUAUAUAAAUAUAAAUAUAUAUACUUUUUAUGUGCAGAUGUGGAUGUCACUUAUAGCAGCAACAUUAUGGAAAAAGACUUAAAAAAGAAAAAAAACAGCUACAUGUAGGAAUUUUGUUCACAUUUUUUAUUUCUGGUCAACACACUAAAUUGUCGACUUUGUGUAGUAAUGUUGUUGCUAUGUGGAGUAGAGUAGACCAGGGCCCAGGGAUCCACGUUGUUACUGAAGCAGUCCAAAAAGGUGCUACGUCCAAGUAUUUCCAACAUGUCUGUAUUUUAUCUGUGCACAAAAUGUAUGUUCCCCUUUGCAAACUCUUGAUGAUCAGCCACAUAACGGAGAACAAUCACAAUUGUGAUUCUUGUAUUUCCCAUGCAUGAAAACCCCCAGUUCGGAUUAAUUGGUUUCAUUAUGCUAAAUAGCAAAAAAAGGUUCACCCAUGAAUGCACGAGUGUUUUUCGUCCGUAAAUCUGAAACUAAAUGGUGAUUUCUAUUUUAUUUUGAUGUGAGAAAGGCUAAAUUGUAAUACGUGACAACAGACCCUGGUUCUCCCUACCCACUGCUGUUUAUAAGUCCUAGAGGUCAUCUUCUGUUGCUUGAAAAAUGACCCAUAAUGCAACUGUCCCCACAAAAAACACUGGAUGAAAAACAGACGUACUGUAUUUGUGAGUAGGCAUCUGGAAACUGACAACGUUAUGUGUGUCCUUGUGAUCCUUAGGCAGAAAAACCUGACUAUAAGACCUGUAUGGAGAUAUAACGUCGGUAACCUUUUUGUUGCUAGACCAAAUGUGUUUUAAAAAGAGAAUUGUGAAUCUUUCUAUUGCCUCAAACAGAUUGCAACUGCUCCAAAAAAUAUAAAUGAACCAUCGAAGAAC